CGAGUAAAGUUAUGAUUGUAUGACACAAAUAAUAAAUAAUAGAAAAAUAACAAAAGAGCGGGCGAAGCGCGCUUAAUAACGCUAGUCGAUGCAAACAAAGGAUGAAAAGGUUUAAAAUACAAAAUGUAGCAUUCAAAUAGGAAUCUGAAAAGUAUAAGCCCGCAGUUAAGUGUUAGGACUUUACCGUAGUCAGCAUAGUUCGGUCUUGGUUACGGUCAUGAGACGAAAUGGUGAAUGUCGAUCCGUAUAUCUCACUGGCUGGCUGUCGUGCAAAGUGUACAGCAGGGGCCAGCCAGAAGGAAAGCUACAGAAGCACUUUCUCCGUUAAGUGGCCGCAGCAGCUCGCAUUCUUCUGGCAGGAGAGCAGCUCAUAGUAAACAGAACAGUGAAGCAACAAUAGUUCAAACAGUCAAGAAAGGCGAAGAAGACGAAUAAGAGAAGUGGUAGAGUGAAGAGGAAGAGCGAGCGCUGAGCAGUAGUAUAGUAAGGCAAAAGGAGUAAUAGUGACUGCGUGGGUGCGGACGUCUAUGGCUGGCUACUAGGACGCUGUGCGGACGACGUCGAAGUCGCACCACUGACUAAGUGCUGCUCUCUCUAGGUCUCUUUGUCGUUUGCUCGCUGGCGUAGCACAUAACGGGAAGACGAAGACGACGACAAGUGGAACUGUCCACGAGUGAACCAAGUGUGCGACACGGCGGCGUUUGUUAUUGCGUAGACAUAUCGAUUUGAUAGUUUCUCGCGGUCGAUCGGCCACCGCCGCCGCGCUCUCUUCUCUCUCUCUCUCUCUCUCUCUCUCUCUCUCUCUCUCUCUCUCUCUCUCUCUCUCUCUCUCUCGCUCUCUCUCUCUCUCUCUCUCUCUCGCUCUCUCGCUCUCUCGCUCGCUCGCUCUCUCUCUCUUGCCUGGAAUACGUCGAGUGUCCGUGUGUGUGAGGUUUCGACUGUGAGUGUAGUGCGCGGGGCUGGCAUCGCCGCUACUGUAGUACUCUUUCUCUCUGUCGCUCUUCCGUUUUCAUUUUCUCUCUUUCUCUCCGUCGCGCAUUCUCUCGAGCUUUAUCCGAGUAGUUGGUUACAUUCGACUACGAAGACGGACGACGGCGACGAGGGGCAAGUGUUGUAAUGGCUGCCGUAUCAUGAAAUGAAGGUACCCUACAGCAGGCUAUACACGUCCAGGAUGGAGGAGAAUUCAGCGCUAACUCAGGCGGUGCAGGCAGCCGCGCAGGCAGCUACGCAGAACCACCAGAAUGGCCAGCCCUUUGCCGGCGUCAACGUUUCCCUGGCUAACAACAAGCACCAGCCCAGCAGCCAAGAACUUGAUGCCGUUAAUUCGGCUGUGGGCCAGCCCUGCGGUCAGGGCCAGCAGGGAUCCAACAAAGAUCAGAAUCCCCAGUAUACUAUGCCCGGAGUGCUGCACUUCCUUCAGCAUGAAUGGGCCAGAUUCGAGCUCGAGAGGUCGCAAUGGGAGCUUGACCGGGCUGAGUUUCAGGCGAGAAUAGCCUUCUUGCAGGGCGAACGCAAAGGACAAGAGAACCUCAAGACGGAUCUGGUACGGCGCAUCAAAAUGCUCGAGUACGCGCUCAAGCAGGAAAGAGCGAAGUACCACAAAUUAAAGUUCGGCACGGACUUGGUUAUACAAGGGGAUGGUAAGCCGGCUUAUGAGGAGGGCAGUACUGGACCGGAAAGCGAAAGAGCAGAUGGCGAUGCUGACAGCGAGCUGCCAUUCAGUAUCAGUAACAUUAGUUGGAAACAAGGCCGCGCGCUUCUAAGACAGUAUUUACAAGAAGUCGGUUACACCGAUACAAUAAUAGAUGUACGAUCAAACAGGGUACGAUCCCUGCUUGGUUUAAAUAAUAAUGCAGACUCAGAAGAUACAAAUACUCCAGCUCUCAAUGGCAACGAAUCAUCAAACAAACGCGCUAACGAAUUUAAGAAUACAAAAUUUAAGACUUCUUCUCCAAGAAAAGAAGGGUACAAACAACAGCCGUCAUCGAUUGCCGAAGCUAUGAUUCUGGAUACAGAAGCAGCUGUUAUGGCGAAUUUUGAAUUCCUUGCCCACACAGAUAUUGACAUGGAAGAAGAUGAGAAUGACGGUGAAGAGGAGAUUUAUGACUCAAACACAGACGCCAAGCAAAAUAAAACGUCUAUACUAUUAGGAGAAGAUGUUGAUGCUGAAGCAGAAGCGGUUUUAAAUGAAUUAAAUCUAAUAUCGGAACACGAAGAAUCGAUUAUUCACGUAGACAUGGAUGCUGAUGAAUGGAGUGCAAUGCGUAGGGGAAUGCAACAAGAUUCAAGACGUCCUGGCGAGGAAGGUAGUUCGUCAUUGGGCUUAGGAGAACUAGCACAAUUGACUGUUAAUAAUGACGCUGAAGCGGCGUAUGACAUGACAACAAAUAACGAAGAGCCAUACAGGAAAUCCUGGAAUGCCAAGUACACGCUGCGUUCACACUUUGACGCUGUCAGAGCUCUGGUCUUUCAUCCGACAGAUCCUGUCCUGAUUACUGCUAGUGAUGAUCAUACGCUCAAGCUAUGGAAUCUUCAUAAGACUGUUCCUGCUAAAAAAUCAGCGUCACUGGAUGUCGAACCGUUAUACACAUUUAGGUCACACACAGGCCCAGUUUUGUGCUUAGCAAUGGACAACACUGGCAGUCACUGUUUUAGCGGUGGACUAGACGGCAAAAUACACUGUUGGACACUGCCGUCGGCCAACAUAGAUCCUUACGACUCGUAUGAUCCUAGUCUACUUAGUCAGACGCUCACUGGCCACACCGAUUGUGUUUGGGGUUUAAGUAUGUGUCAUCCACGCUCGCAAUUGUUAUCGGUUAGUGCAGACGAAACCGUCAAACUGUGGAGUCCCGCGAGCAAAAUACCACUCCUUCGUACUUACACAUCCGAGACAGACAGACGUCCUACAUCUGUAGAUUUUAUACGGGACGAACCGAAUAAACUGGUCGUCGCCUAUGAGCAAGCAUGUGUAAUAUUUGAUACAGAAACUGGCUCAGUUGUAUCUAGAUUAGAUGGCGAUGAAACGCAAGGUGUUAAUCGACUCGUAGCUCAUCCUAUACUGCCAUUGGUUGUAGCAGCCAAUGAGGACCAUCACAUUCGUUUUUAUGAUCAUCGUUCGGCUACCCUCGCACAUGCAAUGGUGGCACAUUUGGACGCUGUUACUAGUCUUGCUGUAGAUCCUAAUGGUCUUUACCUACUUUCUGGAAGUCACGAUUGCAGUAUAAGAUUGUGGAAUAUGGAUAACAAGACAUGUGUCCAGGAGAUAACAGCACACCGUAAAAAGUUUGAUGAAAGUAUUCUAGACGUAGCAUUUCAUCCUUCGCGGCCAUUUAUCGCAAGUGCUGGCGCCGAUGCUCUCGCCAAAGUAUUCGUGUGA